AUGAAGUUGUCCGAAAAAUUGGAAAUCCUAGACUCGCCAUCGCAGAGUCCAAGUGGCGCACCGACGUUCAAGAUUAUGAGACACCGACAUAUUAAGUAAAGCUCUGUCAAAGCAAAUUUCUUAACUGAAAGCGAUCGAAGCUGUAUUGGGGAAUAUAAGCCAGAUGACAUGCUUUUCCCGUGUCCAGAAGAAGGAUGUGUAAAAGCCUACAGUCGCUUUGCAAACCUCCAGACACACCUAGAUUCUGGAAAACACCAAAUGAUGCUCGAACAGGAAACUCUCUACGAUAAGCUAAAAGAGAAUAUUCUUCCAAGCUGA